GUUCUCAAGCUCACAUCCGGUUAACUUGGAAAGGAAGACAUUAUCACAUACUUUACAUAUUUUUAUGUUUAACGCAUUAUAGUAAUGGCAGAAACAGACGAAGGCAGUAAAAGUAAAGCUGACAGCGAAUCUGAAGACGAGAGUGAAGUUUUAGAGGAAAGUCCUUGCGGGAGAUGGCAGAAGAGACGGGAAGAGGUAGAGCAGCGAGAUGUGCCUGGUAUUGAUAAUGCGUUCCUGGCCAUGGACACUGAAGAAGGGGUGGAGGUUGUCUGGAAUGAAGUGCAGUUUUCAGGAAAUAGAAACUUGAAAGAACAACAGACUUCAGACACGGGCCGCCAGCGACGCAAAUCCGUCAUUCAGAACGAUUACCUGUUGAACACUUCAGACACCGGCAUUCCCCGGCGAAAAUCCUCCAUUCCGAAUGAUUACAUGUUCAACACUUCAGAAGCCAGCAAACCCAGGCGAAAAUCCUCCAUUCAGAACGAUUACCUGUUGAACGAAAAGAUCCGACAAGUCUUUAACAGUCUGAUACAACUAGAUCACCCAAAUAUUGUCAAAUUCCAUAAGUACUGGACAGAUACCAAAGAUGGACGACCAAGGGUUAUAUUCAUCACAGAAUACAUGUCCUCUGGCUCCCUGAAACAGUUCUUAAAGAGGACAAAGAAGAACAACAAAACAUUCCAGCUCAAGGCAUGGAAGAGGUGGUGUACACAGAUCUUGUCUGCUCUCAGUUACCUACAUUCCUGUGAGAUUAUACAUGGAAAUUUGACCUGUGAUACGAUAUUUAUUCAACACAAUGGGCUCAUCAAAAUAGGUUCCGUGGCCCCUGAUGCCAUGCACAUUGUGAAAACCUACAGAAAAGACAUCAAAAACAUGCACUGUGUGGCUCCUGAAUAUGAGGAUCCAUCUAGAUGCACUACUGCCAUAGAUAUCUACUCAUUUGGAAUGUGUGCUCUGGAGAUUGCAGCACUAGGUUUCCAAGGCAAUGGAGGAGAAGGUGGUACCAAUCAUGUCACAGAAGAGGCCAUAGAAAAAACACUAGCCUCGCUGGAAAAUCCCCUACAAAAGGAUUUCAUAUCCAAGUGUAUACAGAAGGACCCUAAGAAACGGCCCCAGGCCAGGGAGCUUCUAUUCCAUGAAAUUCUAUUUGAAGUUCAUUCACUGCUUCUUUUAGCUGCACAUGCCAUUGUACAUUCAUCAAUUUUACCUGAAAAUUUAACAGACCAAGCCAACAAAUACAAGUUGGAACCAAAUCAAGUGAUCGCAGAGAUUACACACCCUGAUGGCAGGGAAGGGGUGGUGUGGAGAGUGUCCAAGUGUCCUCCUAUGGAGCGGGAGAAAUUAUUAGAAGAUGUCAGAAAUGGUAUCUUCCCUCUGACUGCCUUUAAUGUACCCACACCCCCUCCUAAACCAAGGGCCAAAACUCCGGAGGUGGUGGAGUCCUCAAAGUCAGAAAUCCCAGAACCGGUGGACGUGGAGAAUCGCCUCGUCAUACAGUACUCCUGUUCGGUGAAGAAAACGGACGAACAAGGAGUGUACAAUCUCACCCUACAACUGAAGAUGGACGACAAAAUGAACAGGCAGUUGACAGCAGAGGUCAAUGAUGAAGACACACCAGAGAACUUGGCUCAAGAGCUGGUGCAUUAUGGCUUCAUUAAUCAGAAUGACCGUGAUAGUAUAACAAAACUGAUUGAAGAAUCCAUUCGCCCCUCCAUGUUAGAGAAUGGUAUAAUAGAAAAUGUUGCAACAGCUUGAUGUCUCCAUCUGUUGGUUUGAUGUGACAAUAAAGUACGAGUACACUCCAAACUACAAAAAACCAGUGUGGCCAUAUAACUUGCCUGUACUUGCCUUUUCACUCUGGGAAAAGCCCAGGAAAUAAAGGACAGUUUCAGGAAAUUAUGGAGAGCCAUGACGUUGUCAGUCCUCGUUCUUCAAAGUCAGUUGAUUAAAGUGAUGCCAGUUAUGAGGAUUUUUCACCUUACAUUAAGGUACACUGUAGUACAUGGUGCUGUCCUAUUAGAAAAUAUCCAUCAAGUAGCUCAAAGCUGAGGACACUUGUUGACCUUCUGUCCUUUGAUACUUAUUAAGAAGAGAACAUUUUAAAAGAUUAUUUUCAAAGUAUUAUACAUAAACGAAUUGUUAAACUUUUAUUUGGAGUAUGAAAUGGGUGAGACGUAUUUGAAUUAAUUUGAACCUUUACAUAAAGUUGCUUUGUUGAAUUGACUGGUUUAAAUAAAAUGCACAAAGAAUUCAAGUCUCAUCAAGGGGACUUUUCAUUUCAGUUGUGAAACAUUCAAUAUUUUCUUCUCAUCAACACCAUGGUGUAUAAAUAUAUGUACAUAGAUUUUGUAUAUACUGUAUAGAUUUGUGUAUAAACAUGUAUUCUUCAUUUACAAUUAUUUUAUUGCUUUUUUGUUAGAAUGAACAAAAUUUAUUGCAAUGAGUGAAAAGAAAAAAAAAGUUUUUGCCCUUAAGGUAUAUUGGCCAAGUAUAAAUGCAUUCAAAACAAUUUUGCUCCAGUUGUUUUAGCAUUUUGAUGAAUAAGCUAGGAUUUCAUAUGCCCUCUCUUUGAAUUUUAGGGCAAAAAAAGUGAAAUUGAUACAAUGUACUGAUAUUUCUCAUUUCCAGUUGUGUGAAUUAAAGAUUUUAAUGUAAAAUUUUAAAACAUGAAGUUUACAAUAUUUCAGUUUUAUCUUAUGUAUAAAGAAUUGCAGUUGUGCCAUAAUUUCAAGUAAAAAAGGGGCAUUAAAGUAAAUUAAGUGACAGUGUAUGCCAUGUAUUGAAUUACACUUAAAUUUUUUUUGUAUAUUUAUCAAUUAAUCACUCGUUACAGUUAGUGCACACAUCAUUGCUAUACAUACUGUUAACAACUCUUACAACAUUAACAAAAAAAGAGCCUUUUAGAUU